AUGGGAGUGCCAGCACGACCGCCAGAAAUGAUGGACGGCAGGCGCCACGGGGAGGGUGAGCUGGUCUGCGUGGUUGACCAGCUGCUGUCUUGUGGAAACCAAGCGUUUCGGCAAAGCCAUUACGAUGAAGCCAUCGGAUUCUACGACAGAGCCCUCACCAUCGACACACGCAACUACAGGGCACUGUGCAACCGCUCCGCUGCCCACCUUGCGGCUGGGCAUCGCUUAAAAUCGCUGGGCGAUGCGAGAAGGAGCACACUGGUGAAGCCUGACGGGCAGAAGGGGUACUACAGAUUGGGGAUGGCCUUCAUGCAGCUGUGCUGUUGGGAGCUGGCGGGGCACGCGCUCAGACAAGCCAGGGAGAAAGGGCCGGGGGGUUCCCAACUG